AUGACCACAACUACCAACAGUACUGAUACAAGCAUUCCUGGCACGGAUGAAGGUAUCACACAAGCUGAGAUCGUUGUCUAUGUGAUUAUACUGGUCAUCGAAUCAACUACCUCGAUACUAGGUUCCGCCCUGGUCUGCGGGACCUUCAUGUGCGUUAAGACCUUGAGUAGCAAACCCACCAGCAAGCUGAUAGUCAACCUGGCAGUGAGCGAUGCGGCUAUGGGAGCCCUGGUGCUACCCUUUACGGCCGCGACUGUGGUAAACCAGGAUUGGAUCUACGGUCACGCACUGUGUCAGAUCCAGGGACUCCUGAAGACCUUUCUGAGUCAGGUCCAGCGCUCUACUAUGCUCCUGAUUGCAGUGGACCGGCUGUUACGGAUCAGGUACCGCUACAGCUACGGGAUGAACCGGACGAGGGUUAUGCUGUACCCGAUCCUGAUCACUUGGGCGUUGAACCUGGUUUUGGCGGUACCUCCGCUGGCAGGCUGGGGGAAGUUCACCUGGCUGCCCAACAAGCCCUCCUGCACCGUGGACUGGCUGGACAGCCUGUCCUACUCCAUCACCUUCUUGACUGUCUUCGGGUUCGCCCUACAGUUUCUCAUCACUGCCUGUUAUUUUCUGAUCUUCGUGGAGGUGCGCGCCAGCAGGAGGCGCGUGCAGCAGUCGGCCAUGCUCAGUCUCCGCGCCGAUCGACCGGCGUCAUCAGGACCGGCCACCGACCGGUCCAACACACCGGUUGCCGGCGAGUCCGCCCCACCGGAAACCGGCCGGCGCAACCCUCCAGCCAACCCCUUCAUGUCCAAGGAGGAGGUGGCCGUGGCCCGGACUAUGAUCAUCCUUGUCACCCUCUCCACCCUCCUCUCCUUGCCGUACAUCAUCUCCAACCUCAUCUCUCUCAUCAUGAACGCUCAUCUGUCCUACCGGAACGAGCUGAUAAUCUCCAUGACGGUGUACCUCAACAGCUGCCUGAACCCCGUGAUAUACGGGGCCACCAACUCUCGUUUCAGGCAGGGAUUCCGGACCGUGGUGCGAUGCUCGUGUCGUCGCCAACGCUAAACUGUUUGGAUGAAAAUACUAUUAAAUGGAACGCUUAAAGAUUCAUUCCUCGCAUUUUGAGAUUUACCCGAAAAUAGAUGUUUUUCAA